UAUUUCACGCGAUAAGCCGGAUAAGGAGCGGGGGGACGUGGACGGACGAUACCAUCAUCUGUGUCAGUUUUCUGCCCAUUCUUCAAAAUUCCUCUCUGAAUAUGGCAUCAGCCUCUGCAUUUACAUUCCCUCCAUCAUUUCCGAGCUCCACCUGUCGGAAACCUAAGAGGAAAGCCAUUUCUCCGGCGAUCUUCUGUCGAAGGUCUUCCCAAUUCGGCCUCCGGCGGGAAAUUUUGAAAGGGUUGUCGCUGUUUCCUCUUUCGCUCCCUCUUUUCGAAUCGAUAAUUCCACUUCCUUCUGAAUCGAAGGAGGUCGAAGUUGGCUCCUAUCUCCCGCCCUCACAGUCAGACCCUUCUUUUGUGUUCUUCAAAGCUUCCCCAUCCGACACCCCGGCUCUUCGUGCAGGAAAUGUGCAACCAUACCAAUUCAUUCUGCCCCCAACUUGGAAACAAACUCGUGUAGCAAAUAUUUUAUCUGGUAAUUACUGUCAACCGAAGUGUGCAGAGCCAUGGGUAGAGGUAAAAUUUGAAGAUGACAAACAAGGGAAAAUCCAGGUAGUGGCUUCCCCUUUGAUUCGUCUUACUAAUAAGCCUAAUGCUACAAUUGAAGACAUAGGUAGCCCUGAGAAGGUGAUCGCUUCGCUUGGCCCUUUCGUUACUGGAAAUUCAUACGACCCAGAAGAGCUCCUUGAAGCAUCAGUUGAGAAACUCGGUGAUCAGACGUACUACAAAUACACACUUGAGACUCCCUAUGCUCUGACGGGGACACACAAUCUAGCUAAGGCAACGGCAAAAGGAAGCACAGUUGUCUUGUUUGUGGCUAGUGCAAAUGAUAAACAAUGGCCGGCAUCUGAGAAAAUUCUGAGAACCAUGCUCGAUUCUUUCCAGCUGUAAUUUCUCAACACAAAUUGCAAUUGAGAUUAUAUUUGAUAGUAUAUGUUCUGGAGAAAAUUCUUCGCUUCACAGAUACUGAAGAAUGAAUAUAUAUUGAGUUUAGCAUUCCUGUUGCGGAAUAUCAUUCUUUGACAUUCUUAGUAAAACAAAAAAUCUAGAAGAUCUCAUUUAUUAUUAUUA